AUGGAUGGUUGUAACACUAGUGCCAAUAUUAGCGCUGGAAAAUGUGCAACAGAAGGCAUAGACAUCCAAUGCUACCUGAUCCUGAACAGCAGUGCACAGAAAAUCUUCAUAGCCGUACUUUGUAUUAUAACAGGAACUGUGUGUAUCCUGGAGAAUUGUUUGGUCCUUUCCAUGAUCUUCAGUUCUGCUCAUCUUAGAAUGAAACCCUCUUUUCUCUUUAUUGGCAGUCUGGCUACAGCGGACUUACUGGCCAGUCUUAUUUUUUCUUAUAGUUUUGUUGACUUUCAUGUCUUCCAUGGAGCAGGUACUCCUUCUGUUUUCUUAUUCAAACUUGGUGGUGUCACAUUAUCCUUCACUGCGUCCCUUGGAAGUUUACUUUUUACAGCAUUUGACAGGUACAUCUGUAUCUACAGGCCCUCUAAGUAUAAAGCAAUAAUCACCCGAAAAAGAGCACUGCAGGCAUUAAUUAUAAUGUGGAUUGGGACAACAAUUAUCUCAUAUCUACCACUUAUGGGUCUAAACUGCUGUCAUGCCGAUUUGGUCUGCUCAGAACUUUUUCCCUUGAUUGACAAUAAAUACCUAGCAAGUUGGAUUGUCCUUAUAUUUAUUCUUCUCUGUGCCAUCAUUUUUUCUUAUAUUCAUAUCUUAUGGAAGGCACAUAAGCAUACAAUUUAUAUGGUAAAACACAACUUACAAACAGAUCGUGGAGAACGUCGUAUGAGAAUGGAUGUCAUGCUGGCCAAAACCUUGGCCAUUGUUUUAACUGUUCUUGUGGUGUGCUGGACUCCUUCUCUCAUUCUUAUGGUACACAGCUUGCUAUUUCCAUUGGACAGAAAAAUCAAAACCGUUUUUGCUUUCUGCAGUACUCUUUGCUUGGUCAACUCCAUGGUCAACCCUAUAAUCUAUGCUUUAAAAAGUAGAGAGCUCCGUCGCAGACUAAUCAGAUAUCUAAGGAAAGUUAAAUGCCUUAAGAAAUUCUUUAAGAGUUCACAGGAGAUUGAAGGGACUCAGAAAAUCAAGGAGUUUGAAAACACUUGUGAUGACACUGUUUGCGACACUGAGUUCAGUAUUUAA